GGCCGGUAAGAUGGCGGCGGAGCCUCCAGAGCCGUCGAAGGGGGAGCUUCAGCAGCUGCCCCCUCCUCCGCCGCCGCCUCCGCCUCCCCCGCCGCCUCCCCCGCCGCCGCCGCCGGCCCACUAUGGCGCCUGGACCCUCCCCGACCUGCAGGCCAAGAUGGCCGACAUCGGGGCGCCCGCCCAGGGAAGCCGCGAGGAGUUGGUGGAGCGGCUGCAGAGCUACACCCGCCAGACGGGCAUCGUGCUCAACCGCCCAGUCCUGAGGGGCGAGGAUGGAGACAAAGCCAUACCACCUCCGAUGGCUGCCCAGCUGUCCGGGAUCCCUCUGCCGCCGCCCCCCAUGGGGCUGCCGCCUCUGCAGCCGCCGCCCCCGCCGCCCCCUCCGGGGCUCGGACUUGGUUUCCCCAUGGGCGUGGGGCCCCGGCCCCCCGGCUUGGUCCCCCCGCCUCCCAUUCGGGUGGGCGACCCGGUGCCCCUGUCCGAGGAAGACAGGCUGAAGCUGGCCCAGCAGCAGGCUGCGUUAUUAAUGCAGCAGGAGGAAAGAGCCAAGCAGGAGAGAGCCAAACAGGGAGAACACUCCAUGAAGGAACAUGAGCUCUUGGAACAGCAGAAGCGGGCGGCCGUGCUGUUGGAACAGGAGCGCCAGCAGGAGAUGGCCAAGAUGGUGGCCCCGGUGCCCCGGCCCCCUCCGGACAUGGUCCCCAUGGGAGUCCGAACUCCUAUGGUCCCCCGGGCCGCUCCCGUCGGCCCCGUGGGUCACGUUGGACCCGUGGGCCACGUCGGACCCGUGGGCCACGUCGGACCCGUUGGUCACGUCGGACCCGUGGGCCACGUCGGACCCGUGGGCCACGUCGGACCCGUGGGACACGUCGGACCCGUGGGCCACGUCGGACCCGUGGGCCACGUCGGACCCGUGGGCCACGUCGGCCCCGUCGGCCCCGUUGGUCCCGGUGGCCCUGGUGGUCCGGGUGGGCCCGUGGGUCCUGUUGGCCCCCCACUCCCUGGGGUCCCCAUGGGAGCUCCGGUUCCACGGCCCCGUGGCCCCCCGCCUCCUCCAGGAGAAGAAAAUCGAGAGGUGGACGACCCCACCGUGGGCCCCAAGAUCCCCCAGGUUCUGGAGAAAAUCCUCCAGCUGAAAGAGAUCAGGCAGGAAGAGCUGACCUCUGUGCUUGACGAAGAGGACAUGGAAACAGACACCAGGUCAUCCCUGGCGGCCUCCACGUCGGAGACCGAGGACGACACGGCCUCCUUAUCCAAGAAAGAGAAGAACCGGAAGCGUCGGAACCGGAAGAAGAAGAAGAAGCCGCAGAAGGCGGCAGGAGGGCGCGGGGCGGCCUCCGAGGGGGAGAAGGAGAAGGAGAAGGAGGCGGCCAAGUCGCGGACCCCCGAGCCGCCGGCCGCGGCCGUGGAGAUCGAGUACGUGACCGAAGAGCCGGAGAUCUACGAGCCCAACUUCGUUUUCUUCAAGAGGAUCUUCGAGGCCUUCAAGCUGACGGACGACGUGAAGAAGGAAAAGGAGAAGGAGCCCGAGAAGUCGGACAAGCUGGAAAGCUCGGCCGCCCCCAAGAAGAAGGGCUUCGAGGAAGAGCGCAAGGACAGUGACGACGACAGUAGUGACGAUGAGCAGGAGAAGAAACCAGAAGCUCCCAAGCUGUCUAAGAAGAAGUUACGGAGAAUGAAUCGCUUCACGGUGGCGGAACUCAAGCAGCUGGUGGCGCGGCCCGACGUGGUGGAGAUGCACGACGUGACGGCCCAGGACCCCAAGCUGCUGGUCCACCUGAAGGCCACGCGCAAUUCGGUCCCGGUGCCCCGGCACUGGUGUUUCAAGCGCAAGUACCUGCAGGGCAAGCGGGGCAUCGAGAAGCCGCCCUUCGAGCUGCCGGACUUCAUCAAGCGCACGGGCAUCCAGGAGAUGCGGGAGGCCCUGCAGGAGAAGGAGGAGCAGAAGACCAUGAAAUCCAAGAUGCGGGAGAAGGUGAGGCCCAAGAUGGGGAAGAUUGACAUCGACUACCAGAAGUUGCACGACGCCUUCUUCAAGUGGCAGACCAAACCCAAGCUCACCAUCCACGGAGACCUGUACUACGAGGGGAAAGAGUUCGAGACCCGGUUAAAGGAGAAGAAGCCAGGAGACCUGUCGGACGAGCUGCGGAUCGCGCUGGGCAUGCCCGUGGGCCCGAACGCCCACAAGGUUCCUCCCCCGUGGCUGAUCGCCAUGCAGCGCUACGGACCGCCCCCCUCGUACCCGAACCUCAAGAUCCCGGGACUCAACUCCCCCAUCCCCGAGGGCUGCUCCUUCGGCUACCACGCCGGAGGCUGGGGCAAGCCCCCCGUGGACGAGACCGGGAAGCCGCUGUACGGGGACGUGUUCGGAACCAACGCCACAGAAUUCCAGACCAAGACGGAGGAGGAGGAGAUCGACCGCACCCCCUGGGGGGAGCUGGAGCCGUCAGAUGAGGAGUCGUCGGAGGAGGAGGAGGAGGAGGAGAGCGACGAAGACAAGCCGGACGAGACGGGCUUCAUCACCCCCGCGGACAGUGGGCUCAUCACCCCCGGAGGCUUCUCGUCGGUGCCGGCCGGAAUGGAGACCCCCGAGCUCAUCGAACUGAGGAAGAAGAAGAUCGAGGAGGCCAUGGAUGGGAGCGAGACGCCCCAGCUGUUCACCGUGCUGCCGGAGAAGAGGACGGCCACCGUCGGAGGAGCCAUGAUGGGCUCGACCCACAUUUAUGACAUGUCCACGGUAAUGAGCCGCAAGGGCCCGGCCCCCGAACCGCAAGGUGUGGAGGUGGCCCUGGCCCCCGAGGAGCUGGAGCUGGACCCCAUGGCUAUGACGCAGAAGUACGAGGAGCACGUGCGGGAGCAGCAGGCGCAGGUGGAGAAGGAGGACUUCAGCGACAUGGUAGCCGAGCACGCCGCCAAGCAGAAGCAGAAGAAGCGGAAGGCUCAGCCUCAGGACAGCCGGGGAGGCAGCAAGAAGUACAAAGAGUUCAAGUUUUAGCUUCCCCUCUUCCUCGAACAGUCGCCCCCCGGCCCUCCCCUCCGUGAGUCCGGACACCCGCCUCUCGUUCUCGGUUCCCCUUCCCCAGGGCCUGGUCCCGGGCCGUUUCGGGAGACUUGCCCUCGCGCGUCCCGUUCUUAUAAUGGAUUUGUUUUGUAAAUAAAGCCGUGCCAGUGACGAGGA